AUGUAUACGGUUGGAUCUCCGAAGUCCUAUCAAUUGAGUAGCCAAGCUAAAGCAUCGUCUUUCUUGCAGCCCAAUGAGAUCCGUGUCACCGGCAAGGGUAACAUAAGAAACUAUGUCUCCUGUGCACUUCAUGUACUCCGUGGGGCUGGGUUGUCAAGAGUUUCAAUUCAAGCAUUGGGCAGCAGGCCAACUGCCAAGGAUGUGCUAGCUGUGCAAUUAAUUAAGCAAAAGGUUCCAUGUCUGGAUCAGCAUACAUCGACUGGCUCUGUUUUGGUCGAGGGCGCUUCAGAUCAUGUGCUUCCAACCUGCCAUCGUCAACAAGUACAUCGUAGGUGGAAAUCCAAAAUCGUGCUGACCCUUUCCAGCCGGCAACAAUUAUCAUGGUCCCCUCCAUCUUCAAGAAUCGGCCGGGCAGUGAAUCCAAGGCCUUGUCCGAAGAGUCACGAACAACAAUCUUCUUAUACAAUAUCUACACAAGGUCCGAUGAAAUCCCAAGAGAAGAGAGGCAACCAAGUUUGGAAACGGAAGGAGCUACUGUCAGUUGGAGGGGUUGAAAUCAUGUACGUCUCACUGGAAUCUACAGAUGACGCUGGCUUUCAUCAUGAUGAUACAGAUGCCUUCUAG